AUGGCUUCAUCUACAACAGUCCAGCCACCUAAUGGCCCCAGUUACGAACCCAGAUACAUCGAUAUUGGUAUCAACCUUACCGAUCCCAUCUUCCGAGGAAAAUACCAUGGCAAAGAAAGACAUCCCGAUGAUCUCGAUGCCAUUAUCGGAAGAGCCCGUGAAGUCGGAUGUACGAAGCUCAUAGUUACCGGCUCGGAUUUGGGCAACUCCCGAGACGCCCUCACCCUUGCCAAAGAUUAUCCCGGGACCAUCUUUGGAACUGCAGGCAUCCAUCCCUGCAGCAGUGCCGUCUUCAGUGAAGCGGGUCCCUCUCAUGAGUCUGAGCACACAACACCAUGCGACCCUGAUCCUGAGGCUCCGGUCUCGGAAGAGCAUCCUCCCUCUUCGGAGAAGACUGAGAAGCUCAUUGCAGAUCUUACAUCUCUUGUAACAGAGGCUCAGGCCUCAGGCCAGAAGAGCCUUGUUGCAAUGGGAGAGUUUGGUCUUGACUAUGACCGUCUGCACUAUUGUUCCAAGACUAUUCAACUUCACUCCUUUGCUGCCCAGCUCAAGGUCGCUGCUACGAUAUCUCCCCAGCUCCCGCUGUUCUUGCACUCUCGUGCCGCUCACGAGGAUUUUGUCCGGCUUCUGAAGGAGGCGUUUGGUGAGAAGCUGGAGAAGCUAGAGAAGGGUGGUGUGGUGCAUAGUUUUACUGGCACAGCUGAGGAGAUGCGUGAGUUGAUGGACUUGGGACUGUACAUUGGUAUCAACGGAUGCAGCUUCAAGACAGUUGAAAACUGCGCUGUUGUUAAGGAAGUUCACCUCGACCGUCUUAUGAUCGAGACUGAUGGACCUUGGUGCGAGGUCCGACCAAGCCACGAGGGUUACAAAUACCUGAUCGAAAAGAAGAAGGAGGAACCUGCUCCUGAAAACGAGCAGAACGGGACUGACGCUGCUGAGCCUGCGAAGAAACCUCAAAAGCAGUCUAAGAAGAACCAAAAGAAGGAACCUGAAGUCCCUGAACGAUACAAGAUCGUGAAGAAGGAGAAGUGGGAAGAAGGAGCCAUGGUCAAGGGGCGCAACGAGCCCUGCAACAUUGAGCGAGUCGCCAAAAUCAUCGCGGGAAUCAAGGAGGUUAGUAUCGAAGAGGUUUGCGAAGCAGCAUGGAAGAACACAGUAAAGGUAUUUGGACUUGAAGAGAAGUAA